CCUGUGCCCGGGAGCCUCACGCGCUUCUCCACCGCGCCCUUCUCCUCACGCCCUCACCCCGCGCCGUGUGGUCCCGUCCCGGCAGCCAUGGUGGCCGGUAUGCUCAUGCCGCUGGGCCAGCUCCGGGCCAUCUAUGAAGUGCUCUUCCGUGAGGGUGUGGUGGUGGCCAAGAAGGACCGGAGGCCCCACAGCCUGCAUCCCCACGUGCCUGGCGCCACCAACCUGCAGGUCAUGCGUGCCAUGGCUUCCCUGCGGGCUCGGGGCCUGGUGCGGGAGACCUUUGCCUGGCGCCACUUCUACUGGUAUCUGACCAACGAGGGCAUCGCCCACCUGCGCCAGUACCUGCACCUGCCACCCGAGAUCGUGCCUGCUUCCCUGCAGCGUGUGCACCGCCCCGCCGCCGCCCCCGCGCGCCGCGCGCCUCACGUGCAGUCCGUGCAGGGCCCCCUGGGCUGCCCGGCCAAGCGGGGGUCCGUGCCGGGCAGGGACCCCACGCACGAGGAGCGGCGGGUCUACCGCAGGAAGGAGCCUGAGGAGGAGGCACCUGAAGCCCCUGUGGUGCCUGCCAGCGCCCGGGGGACCCUGGCCAGGCCCGUCCCGGAGCCCACCCCAGCCACAGAUGAGCGGGACCGUGUGCAGAAGAAAACGUUCACCAAGUGGGUCAACAAGCAUCUCAUCAAGGCACAGAGACAUGUCAGCGAUCUGUAUGAAGACCUCCGUGACGGCCACAACCUCAUCUCCCUGCUGGAGGUCCUCUCGGGGGACAGCCUGCCCCGGGAGAAGGGGAGAAUGCGCUUCCACAAGCUACAGAACGUCCAGAUUGCCCUGGACUACCUGCGUCACCGCCAGGUGAAGCUGGUGAACAUCAGGAAUGAUGACAUUGCAGACGGCAACCCCAAGCUGACCCUCGGCCUGAUCUGGACCAUCAUCCUGCAUUUCCAGAUCUCAGACAUCCAGGUGAGCGGGCAGUCGGAGGACAUGACGGCGAAGGAGAAGCUGCUCCUGUGGUCUCAGCGCAUGGUGGAGGGCUACCAGGGCCUGCGCUGCGACAACUUCACCACGAGCUGGCGGGACGGCCGCCUCUUCAACGCCAUCAUCCACCGCCACAAGCCCGUGCUCAUUGAUAUGAACAAGGUGUAUCGGCAGUCCAACCUGGAGAACCUGGACCAGGCCUUCUCCGUGGCUGAGCGGGACCUGGGGGUGACGCGGCUGCUGGACCCCGAGGAUGUGGAUGUGCCUCAGCCAGACGAGAAGUCCAUCAUCACCUACGUCUCGUCGCUGUACGACGCUAUGCCCCGGGUGCCCAGUGCCCAGGAUGGGGUGGGGGCCAAUGAGCUGCAGCUCCGCUGGCAGGAGUACCGCGAGCUCGUGCUGCUGCUGCUGCAGUGGAUCCGCCACCACACGGCCUCCUUCGAGGAGCGCAAGUUCCCGUCCAGCUUCGAGGAGAUCGAGAUCCUCUGGUGCCAGUUCUUGAAGUUUAAGGAGACGGAGCUUCCAGCCAAGGAGGCGGACAAAAACCGGUCCAAGGGCAUCUACCAGUCCCUGGAGGGGCCGGUGCAGGCCGGCCAGCUCAAGGUACCGCCCGGCUACCACCCGCUGGAUGUGGAGAAGGAGUGGGGCAAGCUCCACGUGGCCAUCCUGGAGCGGGAGAAGCAGCUCCGGAGCGAGUUUGAGAGGUUGGAGUGUCUUCAGCGCAUUGUGAGCAAACUGCAGAUGGAGGCCGGGCUGUGCGAGGAGCAGUUGAACCAGGCCGACGCCCUGCUGCAGUCGGACGUCAGGCUGCUGGCCUCAGGCAAGGCGCCACAGCGGGCUGGGGAGGUGGAGCGAGACUUGGACAAGGCUGACGGCAUGAUCCGGCUGCUGUUCAACGACGUGCAGACCCUCAAGGACGGCCGGCAUCCGCAGGGAGAACAGAUGUACCGCAGGGUGUACCGUCUCCACGAGCGCCUGGUGGCCAUCCGCACCGAGUACAACCUGCGGCUGAAGGCGGGUGUGGCCGCCCCCGUGACCCAGGUGACCCUGCAGAGCACGCAGCGGCGCCCGGAGCUGGACGAUUCUGCCCUGCGCUACCUGCAUGACCUGCUGGCCUGGGUGGAGGAGAACCAGUGCAGGGUGGACAGCGCCGAGUGGGGCGUGGACCUGCCCAGUGUGGAGGCCCAGUUGGGCAGCCACCGAGGCCUGCACCAGUCUACGGAGGAGUUCCGGGCCAAGAUCGAGCGAGCCCGGAGCGAUGAGGGCCAGCUCUCUCCCGCCACUCGGGGUGCCUACCGAGACUGCCUGGGCAGACUAGAUCUGCAGUACGCAAAGCUUCUGAACUCGUCCAAGGCCCGCCUCCGGUCCCUGGAGAGCCUGCAUGGCUUUGUGGCGGGUGCCACCAAGGAGCUGAUGUGGCUCAGUGAGAAGGAGGAGGAGGAGGUGGGCUUCGACUGGAGUGACCGCAACUCCAACAUGGCUGCCAAGAAGGAGAGCUACUCGGCCCUGAUGCGGGAGCUGGAGCUGAAGGAAAAGAAGAUCAAGGAGAUUCAGAGCACCGGGGACCGGCUGCUGCGGGACGACCACCCGGCCAGGCCCACGGUGGAGUCCUUCCAGGCGGCCCUGCAGACGCAGUGGAGCUGGAUGCUGCAACUCUGCUGCUGUGUCGAGGCGCACCUGAAGGAGAACACGGCCUACUUCCAGUUCUUCUCAGAUGUGCGGGAGGCGGAAGAGCAGCUGCGGAAGCUUCAGGAGACCUUGCGCAGGAAGUACAGCUGCGGCCGCUCCGUCACCGCCACGCGGCUGGAGGACCUGCUGCAGGACGCGCAGGAGGAGAGGGAGCAGCUGAAUGAGUACAAGGGGCACCUGUCUGGCCUGGCCAAGCGGGCCAGGGCCGUGGUGCAGCUGAAGCCCCGCAGCCCCGCCCACCCUGUGCGGGGCCCUGUGCUCCUGCAGGCCGUGUGUGACUACAAGCAGGUGGAGGUGACCGUGCACAAGGGUGACCAGUACCAGCUGGUCGGCCCUGCACAACCAGCCCACUGGAAGGUGGUGGGCAGCUCUGGUGGCGAGGCUGCUGCCGUGCCCUCGGUGUGCUUCCUCGUGCCCCCGCCCAACCAGGAAGCCCAGGAGGCUGUCUCCAGGCUGGAGGCCCAGCACCAGGCCCUGGUCUCGCUGUGGCACCAGCUACACGUGGACAUGAAGAGCCUCCUGGCCUGGCAGAGCCUCAGCCGUGACGUGCAGCUCAUCCGCUCCUGGUCGCUGGUCACGUUCCGAACGCUGAAGCCUGAGGAGCAGCGGCAGGCCCUGCGCAGCCUGGAGCUGCACUACCAGGCCUUCCUGAGGGACAGCCAGGAUGCUGGGGGCUUCGGGCCGGAGGACCGGCUGGCGGCAGAGCGGGACUACAGCUCCUGCAGCCACCAUUACCAGCAGCUCCUGCAGAGCCUGGAGCAGGGAGAGCAGGAGGAGAGCCGCUGUCAGCGCUGCAUCUCGGAGCUCAAGGACAUCCGGCUGCAGCUGGAGGCCUGUGAGACGCGUCUGGUACACCGCCUGCGGCUGCCACUGGACAAGGAACCCGCUCGGGAGUGUGCCCAGCGCAUCGCCGAGCAGCAGAAAACGCAGGCUGAGGUGGAGGGGCUGGGCCAGGGCGUCUCCCGGCUCUCGGCUGAAGCCGGUGAGGUCCUGGCCCUGCCCGAGCCCUCACCCGCUGCCCCCGUUCUACGCUCUGAGCUGGAGCUGACCCUGGGCAAGCUGGAGCAGGUCCGCAGCCUGUCAGCCAUCUACCUGGAGAAGCUGAAGACCAUCAGCCUGGUGAUCCGCAGCACGGAGGGCGCGGAGGAGGUGCUCAGACGACACGAGGAGCAGCUCAAGGAGGCCCAGGCCGUGCCCGCCACCCUUCCGGAGCUGGACGCCACCAAGGCCUCCCUGAAGAAGCUGCGUGCACAGGCCGAGGCUCAGCAGCCCGUGUUUGACGCGCUGAGGGAGGAGCUGCGGGGCGCGCAGGCGGUGGGGGAGCGGCUGCAGCAGCGGCACGGCGAGCGGGACGUGGAGGUGGAGCGCUGGCGGGAGCGGGUUGCCCAGCUGCUGGAGCGCUGGCAGGCCGUGCUGGCCCAGAACGACCUGCGGCAACGCGAGCUGGAGCAGCUGGGCCGCCAGCUGCGCUACUACCGCGAGAGCGCCGAGCCCCUGAGUGCCUGGCUGCGGGACGCCAAGCAGCGGCAGGAGCAGAUCCAGGCUGUGCCCAUGGCCCACAGCCAGGCCGCGCGGGAGCAGCUGCGGCAGGAGAAGGCCCUGCUGGAGGAGAUUGAGCGCUACGGAGAGAAGGUCGAGGAGUGCCAGAGGUUCGCCAAGCAGUACAUCAACGCCAUCAAGGACUAUGAGCUCCAGCUGGUCACAUACAAGGCGCAGCUUGAGCCGGUGGCCUCUCCAGCCAAGAAGCCCAAGGUCCAGUCGGGGUCGGAGAACAUCAUCCAAGAGUACGUGGACCUGCGCACACGCUACAGCGAGCUGACCACCCUGACGAGCCAGUAUAUCAAGUUCAUCAGCGAGACCCUGCGCCGCAUGGAGGAGGAGGAGAGGCUGGCUGAGCAACAGCGGGCAGAGGAGCGGGAGCGGCUGGCCGAGGUGGAGGCCGCGUUGGAGAAGCAGCGGCAGUUGGCCGAGGCUCACGCCCAGGCCAAGGCCCAGGCGGAGCGGGAGGCACAGGAGCUGCAGCGGCGCAUGCAGGAGGAGGUAGCCCGCCGGGAGGAGGCGGCCGUGGAUGCCCAGCAGCAGAAGCGCAGCAUCCAGGAGGAGCUGCAGCACCUGCGGCAGAGCUCAGAGGCCGAGAUCCAAGCCAAGGCCCAACAGGUGGAAGCGGCCGAGCGGAGCCGGCUGCGCGUGGAGGAGGAGAUCCGCGUGGUGCGCCUGCAGCUGGAGAGCACCGAGCGCCAGCGUGGCGGGGCGGAGGGGGAGCUGCAGGCGCUGCGUGUGCGCGCGGAGGAGGCCGAGGCCCAGAAGCGGCAGGCCCAGGAGGAGGCCGAGCGCCUGCGGAGGCAGGUGCAGGAGGAGAGCCAGCGCAAGCGGCAGGCGGAGGCGGAGCUGGCCAUGCGCGUGAAGGCCGAGGCCGAGGCCGCCCGGGAGAAGCAGCGGGCCCUGCAGGCGCUGGAAGAGCUGAAGCUGCAGGCGGAGGAGGCGGAGCGGCAGCUGCGGCAGGCUGAGGCGGAGCGGGCCCGCCAGGUGCAGGUGGCCCAGGAGACGGCUCAGCGCAGCAUGGAGGUGGAGCUGCAGAGCAAGCGCGCCUCGUUUGCCGAGAAGACGGCGCAGCUGGAGCGCACGCUGCAGGAGGAGCACGUGGCGGUGGCACAGCUGCGAGAGGAGGCAGAGCGCCGGGCGCAGCAGCAGGCCGCGGCGGAGCGGGCCCGGGAGGAGGCAGAGCGGGAGCUGGAGCGCUGGCAGCUGAAGGCCAACGAGGCACUGCGGCUGCGGCUGCAGGCGGAGGAGGUGGCGCAGCAGAAGAGCUUGGCCCAAGCCGAGGCGGAGAAGCAGAAGGAGGAGGCGGAGCGUGAGGCCCGGCGGCGCGGCAAGGCGGAAGAGCAGGCCGUGCGGCAGCGGGAGCUGGCCGAGCAGGAGCUGGAGAAGCAGCGCCAGCUGGCAGAGGGCACCGCGCAGCAGCGCCUGGCGGCUGAGCAGGAGCUGAUCCGCCUGCGGGCCGAGACGGAGCAGGGCGAGCAGCAGCGGCAGCUGCUGGAGGAGGAGCUGGCCCGGCUGCAGCGCGAGGCUGCGGCCGCCACCCAGAAGCGCCAGGAGCUGGAGGCCGAGCUGGCCAAGGUCCGGGCGGAGAUGGAGGUGCUGCUGGCCAGCAAGGCGAGGGCAGAGGAGGAGUCUCGUUCCAGCAGUGAGAAGUCCAAGCAGAGGCUGGAGGCCGAGGCCGGCCGGUUCCGGGAGCUCGCGGAGGAGGCCGCCCGCCUGCGUGCGCUGGCCGAGGAGGCCAAGCGGCAGCGGCAGCUGGCCGAGGAGGAUGCGGCGCGGCAGCGGGCCGAGGCGGAGCGCGUGCUGGCCGAGAAGCUGGCUGCCAUCGGGGAGGCCACGCGGCUCAAGACAGAGGCCGAGAUCGCGCUCAAAGAGAAGGAGGCGGAGAACGAGCGUCUGAGGCGCCUGGCGGAGGACGAGGCCUUCCAGCGGCGGCGGCUGGAGGAGCAGGCUGCCCAGCACAAGGCGGACAUCGAGGAGCGCCUGGCCCAGCUGCGCAAGGCGUCAGAGAGCGAGCUGGAGCGGCAGAAGGGGCUGGUGGAAGACACGCUGCGGCAGCGGCGGCAGGUGGAGGAGGAGAUCCUGGCGCUGAAGGUGAGCUUCGAGAAGGCAGCUGCCGGCAAGGCGGAGCUGGAGCUGGAGCUGGGGCGCAUUCGCAGCAACGCUGAGGACACACUGCGCAGCAAGGAGCAGGCAGAGGUGGAGGCUGCGCGGCAGCGGCAGCUGGCAGCCGAGGAGGAGCAGCGGCGCCGGGAGGCGGAGGAGCGUGUGCAGAAAAGCCUGGCUGCCGAGGAAGAGGCCGGGCGCCAGCGCAAGGCCGCCCUGGAGGAAGUGGACCGGCUCAAGGCCAAGGUCGAAGAGGCGCGGCGCCUGCGGGAGCGCGCGGAGCAGGAGUCGGCCCGGCAGCUGCAGCUGGCCCAGGAAGCUGCCCAGAAGCGGCUGCAGGCCGAGGAGAAGGCACAUGCCUUUGUUGUGCAGCAGCGGGAGCAGGAGCUGCAGCAGACCCUGCAGCAGGAGCAGAGCAUGCUGGAGCGCCUACGUGGGGAGGCCGAGGCAGCCCGGCGCGCCGCCGAGGAGGCCGAGGAGGCCCGGGAGCAGGCGGAGCGGGAGGCCGCGCAGUCCCGGCGGCAGGUGGAGGAGGCCGAGCGGCUGAAGCAGGCGGCGGAGGAGGAGGCGCAGGCGCGGGCGCAGGCCCAGGCGGCCGCGGAGAAGCUGCGUAAGGAAGCGGAGCAGGAGGCGGCACGGCGGGCGCAGGCGGAGCAGGCGGCCCUGCGGCAGAAGCAGGCCGCGGAUGCGGAGAUGGAGAAACACAAGAAGUUUGCGGAGCAGACUCUGCGGCAGAAGGCGCAGGUGGAGCAGGAACUGACCGCCCUGAGGCUGCAGCUGGAGGAGACCGACCACCAGAAGGCCAUCCUGGACGAGGAGCUGCAGCGGCUGAAGGCUGAGGUCACGGAGGCGGCGCGCCAGCGCGGCCAGGUGGAAGAGGAGCUCUUCUCUGUGCGCGUGCAGAUGGAGGAGCUGGGCAAGCUGAAGGCCCGCAUUGAGGCCGAGAACCGCGCGCUCAUCCUGCGCGACAAAGACAACACACAGCGCUUCCUGGAGGAAGAGGCGGAGAAGAUGAAGCAGGUGGCCGAGGAGGCCGCACGGCUGAGUGUGGCGGCCCAGGAGGCUGCGCGGCUGCGGCAGCUGGCCGAGGAGGACCUGGCGCAGCAGCGGGCCCUGGCGGAGAAGAUGCUCAAGGAGAAGAUGCAGGCGGUGCAGGAGGCCACACGGCUGAAGGCAGAGGCAGAGCUGCUGCAGCAGCAGAAGGAGCUGGCGCAGGAGCAGGCGCGGAGGCUGCAGGAGGACAAGGAGCAGAUGGCACAGCAGCUGGAGCAGGAGACUCAGGGCUUCCAGCGGACGCUGGAGGCGGAGCGGCAGCGGCAGCUGGAGAUGAGCGCCGAGGCCGAGCGCCUGAAGCUGCGCGUGGCGGAAAUGAGCCGGGCCCAGGCCCGGGCCGAAGAGGAGGCCCAGCGCUUCCGGAAGCAGGCGGAGGAGAUCGGGGAGAAGCUGCACCGCACGGAGCUCGCCACGCAGGAGAAGGUGACGCUGGUGCAGACGCUGGAGAUCCAGCGGCAGCAGAGUGACCAGGAUGCCGAGCGCCUCCGGGAGGCCAUCGCGGAGCUGGAGCGUGAGAAGGACAAGCUCAAGCAGGAGGCUAGGUUGCUGCAGCUCAAGUCCGAGGAGAUGCAGAUGGUGCAGCAGGAGCAGAUGGUGCAGGAGACGCAGGCCCUGCAGCAGAGCUUCCUCUCGGAGAAGGACAGCCUGCUGCAGCGGGAGCACUUCAUCGAGCAGGAGAAGGCCAAACUGGAGCAGCUUUUCCAGGACGAGGUGGCCAAGGCCCAGAAGCUGCGUGAGGAGCAGCAGCGGCAGCAGCAGCAGAUGGAGCAGGAGAAGCAGCAGCUGGUGGCCAGCAUGGAGGAGGCCCGGCGGCGGCAGCGUGAGGCGGAGGAGGGCGUGCGGCGUAAGCAGGAGGAGCUGCAGCGCCUGGAGCAGCAGCGGGAGCAGCAGGAGAAGCUGCUGGCGGAGGAGAACCGAAGGCUGCGGGAGCGGCUGCAGCGCCUGGAGGAAGCGCACCAAGCUGCCCUGGCUCACUCAGAGGAGGUGGCCGCCGUGAAGGUCCUGCCUAACGGCCGGGAUGCGCCUGACGGCCCGGCCGCGGAGGCCCAGCCACAGCACAGCUUCGAGGGCCUGCGGCAGAGGGUGGCAGCCCAGCGGCUGCAGGAAGCGGGCGUGCUGAGUGCAGAGGAACUGCGGCGGCUGGCGGAGGGCCGCACCACGGUGGACGAGCUCUCGCGCCGGGCGGAUGUGCGCCAGUACCUGCAGGGCAGCAGCAGCGUCGCAGGGUUGCUGCUGAAGCCUGCCAACGAGAAGCUGAGCAUCUACACCGCCCUGCAGAGGCGGCUGCUGAGCCCGGGCACCGCCCUCAUCCUGCUCGAGGCCCAGGCUGCAUCAGGCUUCCUGCUGGACCCGGUGCGGAACCGGCGGCUGACGGUGAACGAGGCGGUGAAGGAGGGCGUCGUGGGCCCGGAGCUGCACCACAAGCUGCUGUCGGCCGAGCGCGCGGUCACCGGCUACACCGACCCCUACUCCGGGGAGCGGAUCUCCCUCUUCCAGGCCAUGCAGAAGGACCUCAUCGUCCGGGACCACGGCAUCCGCCUGCUGGAGGCCCAGAUCGCCACGGGCGGCAUCAUCGACCCGGUGCACAGCCACCGCCUGCCCGUGGACGUGGCCUACCAGCGCGGCUACUUUGACGAGGAGAUGAGCCGCAUCCUGGAGGACCCGAGCGACGACACCAAGGGCUUCUUCGACCCCAACACGCACGAGAACCUGACCUACAGGCAGCUGCUGGAGCGCUGCGAGGAGGACCCGGAGACCGGGCUGCGGCUGCUGCCGCUCACCGACAAGGCCGCCAAGGGCCGUGAGCUGGUUUACACGGAUGCGGAGGCCCGGGACGUGUUCGAGAAGGCCACUGUCUCCGCGCCAUUCGGCAAGUUCCAGGGCAAGCCGGUGACCAUCUGGGAGAUCAUCAACUCGGAGUACUUCACAGCCGAGCAGCGGCGGGAUCUGCUGCGGCAGUUCCGCACGGGCCGCAUCACGGUGGAGAAGAUCAUCAAGAUCGUCAUCACCGUGGUGGAGGAGCAGGAGCGCAAGGGCCAGCUCUGCUUUGAGGGCCUGCGCACCCUCGUGCCUGCCGCAGAGCUGCUGGACAGCAAGGUCAUCGACCGCGAGCUCUACCAGCAGUUGCAGCGAGGCGAGCGCUCGGUACGGGAGGCGGCCGAGGUGGACGCAGUGCGCCGGGCCCUGCGGGGCGCCAACGUGAUUGCAGGGCUGUGGCUGGAGGAGGCGGCGCAGAGGCUGAGCAUCUACGAGGCCUUGAAGAAAGACUUGCUUCCGCCAGAGGCGGCCGUGGCCUUGCUGGAGGCCCAGGCUGGCACAGGCCAUGUCAUCGACCCCGCCACGAGCGCCCGGCUGACGGUGGAUGAGGCCGUCCGCGCCGGCCUGGUGGGCCCGGAGCUGCACGAGAAGCUGCUGUCGGCCGAGAAGGCUGUGACAGGCUACCGGGACCCCUACUCGGCACAGAGCGUCUCCUUGUUCCAGGCCCUCAAGAAAGGCCUCAUUCCCCGGGAGCAGGGCCUGCGCCUGCUGGAGGCCCAGCUGUGCACAGGGGGCAUCAUAGACCCCAGCAAGAGCCACCGUGUGCCUCUGGAGGUCGCCUACGCCCGGGGUUACCUGGACGAGGAGACCAGCGGGGCCCUGUCGGCACCCGCGGACGAGGCCAAGCUCUACCUAGACCCCACCACGCGGGAGCCGGUUACCUAUGGCCAGCUCCAGCAGCGGUGCCGGCCCGACCAGCUGACUGGACUGAGCCUGCUGCCUGUGUCAGAGAAGGCGGCCCGGGCCCACCUGGAGGAGGUCUAUUCGGAGCUGCAGGCCCGAGAGAGCUUCGAGAAGGCCACAGUCGAGGUCCCCGUGGGCAGCCUGCAGGGCAGGACCGUGAGUGUGUGGGAGCUGAUCCGCUCCGAGUACUUCACCGAGGAGCAGCGCCAGGAGCUGCUGCGGCAGUUCCGCACAGGCAAGGUCACCGUGGAGAAGGUCAUCAAGAUCCUCAUCACCAUCGUAGAGGAGGUGGAGACCCGGCGGCAGGAAGGGCUCACGUUCAGCGGCCUCCGCGCCCCGGUGCCCGCCAGCCAGCUCCUGGCCGCCGGCGUCCUCAGCAGGGCCCAGUUUGAGCAGCUCAAGGACGGCAAGACUUCGGUCAGAGAUCUCUCAGAGGUGGGCUCUGUGCGCACGCUGCUGCAGGGCAGCGGCUGUCUGGCCGGCAUCUACCUGGAGGACUCUGGAGAGAAGGUGAGCGUCUACGAGGCCAUGCGCCGGGGCCUGCUCCGGCCCAGCACAGGCACGCUCCUGCUGGAGGCCCAGGCGGCCACGGGUUUUCUGGUGGACCCCGUGCGCAAUCAGCGCCUGUACGUCCACGAAGCUGUAAAGGCGGGCGUCGUGGGCCCCGAGCUGCACGAGAAGCUGCUGUCGGCAGAGAAGGCAGUCACCGGCUACAAGGACCCCUACUCGGGCUCCACCAUCUCGCUCUUCCAGGCCAUGAAGAAGGGCCUCGUUCUGAGGGACCAUGGCAUCCGCCUGCUGGAGGCCCAGAUUGCCACGGGCGGCAUCAUCGACCCGGUGCACAGCCACCGCCUGCCCGUGGACGUGGCCUACCAGCGCGGCUACUUCAAUGAGGAGAUGAGCCGCGUCCUGGAGGACCCAAGCGACGACACCAAGGGCUUCUUCGACCCCAACACGCACGAGAACCUGACCUACAGGCAGCUGCUGGAGCGCUGCGUGGAGGACCCGGAGACUGGGCUGCGGCUGCUGCCGCUGAAGGCUGCAGAGAAGGCAGAGGUGGUGGAGACCACGCAGGUGUACACAGAGGAGGAGACCCGCAAGGCCUUCCAGGAGACGCAGAUCGACAUCCCCGCCGGGGGCAGCCGGGGCGGCUCCACCAUGUCCCUGUGGGAGGUGAUGCAGUCAGACCUGAUCCCCGAGGAACAGCGGGAACGCCUGAUGGCUGACUUCCAGGCCGGCCGCGUGACGAAGGAGCGCAUGAUCAUCAUCAUCAUCGAGAUCAUCGAGAAGACCGAGAUCAUCCGGCAGCAGAGCCGCUCCUCCUAUGACUACGUGCGGCGCCGCCUCACCGCCGAGGACCUUCACGAGGCCCGCAUCAUCUCCCUCGAGGCCUACAACCUGCUCCGCGAGGGCGCCCGGAGCCUGCACGAGGUCCUGGAGGCAGAGUCUGCCUGGCGCUUCCUCUACGGCACGGGCUCGGUGGCUGGCGUGUACCUGCCCGGCUCGAGGCAGGCACUGACCAUCUACCAGGCGCUGAGGAAGGGGCUGCUGAGCGUGGAGGUGGCUCGCUUGCUUCUGGAGGCCCAGGCGGCCACGGGCUUCCUGCUGGAUCCGGUGAAGGGCGAGCGGCUGACGGUGGAUGAGGCCGUGCGGAAGGGGCUGGUGGGACCCGAGCUGCACGACCGCCUGCUGUCCGCGGAGCGGGCCGUCACCGGCUACCGCGACCCCUACACCGAGCAGACCAUCUCGCUCUUCCAGGCCAUGAAGAAGGAGCUGAUCCCCGCCGAGGAGGCCCUGCGGCUGCUGGACGCCCAGCUGGCCACCGGGGGCAUCGUGGACCCUCGCCUGGGUUUCCACCUCCCCCUGGAGGUGGCCUACCAGCGCGGCUACAUCAACAAGGACACGCACGAGCAGCUGUCGGAGCCCAGCGAGGUGCGUGGCUACGUGGACCCCUCCACGGACGAGCGCCUCAGCUACACGCAGCUGCUCCGGCGCUGCCACCGCCACGAGCAGAGCGGCCAGAUGCUCCUGCCGCUGUCGGCCUCGCGGAAGCUGACCUUCCGCGGCCUCCGCAAGCAGAUCACGGUGGAGGAGCUGGUGCGCUCCCAGGUCCUGGAUGAAGCCACGGCGCUGCAGCUGCAGGAGGGCCUGACCUCCGUCGAGGAGGUCACCAAGAACCUUCAGAAGUUCCUUGAGGGCACCAGCUGCAUCGCGGGCGUCUUCGUGGAUGCCACCAAAGAGCGGCUGUCCGUGUACCAGGCCAUGAAGAAGGGCAUCAUCCGCCCGGGCACGGCCUUCGAGCUCCUGGAGGCCCAGGCGGCCACAGGCUACGUCAUCGACCCCAUCAAAGGACUCAAGCUGACCGUGGAGGAGGCCGUGCGCAUGGGCAUCGUGGGCCCUGAGUUCAAGGACAAGCUGCUGUCCGCAGAGCGCGCCGUCACCGGCUACAAGGACCCUUACUCGGGGAAGCUCAUCUCCCUGUUCCAGGCCAUGAAGAAGGGCCUCAUCCUGAAAGACCACGGCAUCCGCCUGCUGGAGGCCCAGAUCGCCACGGGCGGCAUCAUCGACCCCGAGGAGAGCCACCGGCUGCCCGUGGAGGUGGCCUACAAGCGGGGCCUGUUCGACGAGGAGAUGAAUGAGAUCCUGACGGACCCCUCGGACGACACCAAGGGCUUCUUCGACCCCAACACGGAGGAGAACCUGACCUACCUGCAGCUCAUGGAGCGCUGCGUCACCGACCCGCAGACCGGCCUGUGCCUGCUGCCGCUGAAGGAGAGGAAGCGGGAGCGGAAGACGUCCUCCAAGUCGUCGGUGCGCAAGCGGCGCGUGGUGAUCGUGGACCCCGAGACGGGCAAGGAGAUGUCGGUGUACGAGGCCUACCGCAAGGGCCUCAUCGACAACCAGACGUACCUGGAGCUGUCGGAGCAAGAGUGCGAGUGGGAGGAGAUCACCAUCUCCUCCUCGGACGGCGUCGUCAAGUCUAUGAUCAUCGACCGCCGCUCCGGCCGCCAGUAUGACAUCGACGACGCCAUCACCAAGAACCUCAUCGACCGCUCGGCGCUUGACCAGUAUCGGGCCGGCACGCUCUCCAUCACCGAGUUUGCCGACAUGUUGUCCGGCAAUGCCGGCGGAUUCCGCUCCCGCUCCUCCUCCGUGGGUUCGUCCUCUUCCUACCCCAUCAGCCCCGCCGCCUCCAGGACCCAGCUGGCCUCCUGGUCAGACCCCACCGAGGAGACGGGCCCGGUGGCCGGCAUCCUCGACACGGAGACGCUGGAGAAAGUGUCCAUCACCGAGGCCAUGCACCGCAGCCUGGUGGACAACAUCACCGGGCAGCGGCUGCUGGAGGCCCAGGCCUGCACCGGGGGCAUCAUCGACCCCAGCACCGGGGAGCGCUUCCCCGUCACCGAGGCGCUCAACAAGGGUCUGGUGGACAGGGUCAUGGUGGACCGCAUCAACCUGGCCCAGAAGGCCUUCUGCGGCUUCGAGGACCCACGCACCAAGAACAAGAUGUCGGCCGCCCAGGCCCUGAAGAAGGGCUGGCUGUAUUACGAGGCGGGCCAGCGGUUCCUGGAGGUGCAGUACCUGACGGGGGGCCUGAUCGAGCCCGACACGCCGGGCCGAGUGUCUCUCGACGAGGCCCUGCAGCGCGGCACUGUGGAUGCCCGCACAGCUCAGAAGCUGCGUGACGUCGGCGCGUACUCCAAGUACCUCACCUGCCCCAAGACCAAGCUCAGGAUCUCCUACAAGGACGCGCUGGACCGCAGCAUGGUGGAAGAGGGGACCGGGCUGCGGCUGCUCGAGGCUGCUGCCCAGUCCAGCAAGGGCUACUACAGCCCCUACAGCGUCAGCGGCUCCGGCUCCGCGGCCGGCUCUCGGGCCGGCUCGCGCACCGGCUCGCGGGCCGGCUCCCGCCGAGGCAGCUUUGAUGCCACCGGCUCCGGCUUCUCCAUGACUUUCUCGUCUUCCUCCUACUCUUCCUCGGGCUAUGGCCGGCGCUAUGCCUCAGGGUCCUCCACUUCUCUGGGGGGCCCAGAGUCUGCAGUGGCCUGACCCCCUGCCUGCACCCCACUUCCCGCUCUGCAUGUGGCCAGGCUCCCUGCCGGGGCGCUGGGGUCUUCCUCUAACGUGUGCAGCUGUGUUCCUCCCAAGCGGUGCCUAAAGUGUAACCAAAAAGACCAGACUAACAUGUAGUACACACGCGCGCUGCCCAGGCAGCCGUGUGCUGGGAGACGGGUUGGCCCGGCCCACUGACCACCCCUGCCUCCUUGGGACUUCUCGUUCCUUCUACCUGCCACUCACCACAGCCAGGUGCCUUGCGGGGGUCCAGAGCCGGCUCCCAGCCUGCCCCUCCUGUCUCCCUGGAGAACGUUCUGUGUGUGCAAGCCUCUCGGCCCCAUACACCCAUCACACUGGACACCUCGCCGCCAUCCCUCGCUGUGAGGGUCAGGCCU